UAGGGCCGCAGCCAGCGUCUGCCACCGCAGUCUGGCCGGAGUCGAGUUCUCUCCCGCAUUCGCUUCUUGGCGCGGCCCGGAGAGGCCCGGAGGGAGCUAGGCCGGGGCCGCUGCCUGACCUGCGGUUUGCGCACAAAGGCGCCGACUCCGGGUCCGAGGCGAGAAAAGCGGCCACCGCCCGGGAGCCGCGCUGAGACGCACAGGGCGCCCUAUGCCCCCGCGCCCCCGCCGCCCCCGCCGCGGCUGCCCGAGCGCACGGAGAGGACGCGCCUCCGCGGGGCCUGGGUGCAGCUAGCGACCCUUGCCCCCCCAGCCCGAGGUGAGCAGUGAGCGGCGAGCGGGACGGCAGCGAGGCGUUCGCGGGGCCCCUCCUGCUGCCCGGCCCCGGCCCGCUCAUGGCGGCCAUCCGCAAGAAGCUGGUGGUGGUGGGCGAUGGCGCGUGCGGCAAGACGUGCCUGCUGAUCGUGUUCAGCAAGGACGAGUUCCCCGAGGUGUACGUGCCCACCGUCUUCGAGAACUAUGUGGCCGACAUCGAGGUGGACGGCAAGCAGGUGGAGCUGGCGCUGUGGGAUACGGCGGGCCAGGAGGACUACGACCGCCUGCGGCCGCUCUCCUACCCGGACACCGAUGUGAUCCUCAUGUGCUUCUCGGUGGACAGCCCCGAUUCGCUGGAGAACAUCCCCGAGAAGUGGGUGCCCGAGGUGAAGCACUUCUGCCCCAACGUGCCCAUCAUCCUGGUGGCCAACAAGAAAGACCUGCGCAGCGACGAGCACGUCCGCACGGAGCUGGCCCGCAUGAAGCAGGAGCCCGUGCGCACGGAUGACGGCCGCGCCAUGGCCAUGCGCAUCCAAGCCUACGACUACCUCGAGUGCUCGGCCAAGACCAAGGAGGGCGUGCGCGAGGUCUUCGAGACGGCCACGCGCGCCGCGCUGCAGAAGCGCUACGGCUCCCAGAACGGCUGCAUCAACUGCUGCAAGGUGCUAUGAGAGCCGCCCCCCGGGCCGUUCACCCCCCGAGGACCCCACCGGACUGCCUGGCGUCCGCCUUCCCGCCCGAGAACCGGCGUGGGAGGCACCGGGCGUCCCCUUUCCAGUGUCUGUGUGCGUCCGGCUGCAGUUGCACAGGCCCAGGCGCCCCGCCGAGUGCCAAGGGGCCCCUGAGCACCCUUUUCGGAAGAGCCAAGCCUCUUCAGAGUGUGUGGCUGUAUGUUCGACCCCCCCCCGCCCCCUGCCUCCCGCCCCCGUGCUACCUACCCCACCCCCGCCUCUGGUCCCGGGAGAGGAGCUUGGCGCCCCGGUGCUGCCGCGCCCCAUCAGAUGUGCGCCCGUCACCAGCGAGCGCCUGCUAUCUCUUGUCUGUAACAUAGACCACGGGAACGGCGGGAGGGGAGGGUGGGGAGGGCGGGGUGUUAUAUAAAUAUAGAUAUAAUUUUAUUUUCGGAGGUAGGAUGGUGUUAUUUAAUGGUGGUGGUGGGUGGAGUGACAGGGCGCUAGAACAGCUCUGGGUCAGGCGCCCAUCCAAGCAAGAACAGGACUUGGUCAUCUUUCCAACCCCUGGGGAAGACAUUUGCAACUGACUUGGGGCUGAGAGGACACAGCUUCCAGAUUGCCGUCUCCUGCACGCCAGCCUCCAGCGAACCCCUCGCCAGCCAGCCGCGGGCAGGAGGAGGGAGAGUGAGCUGCGGGUUGUUUUUGCCAUACGCGAACUUUGUGCCUGUCCUACAAGUGAAAAUUGUUCAGUCCAAGAAACCGAGGUUUUUGAUUUAUUUAAAGGCUUAAAACUUGUUUUCUUUUGAAAGGAUUCUUUGCACAAUUGUUUCAUUGACACAAUGCACUUGUCAUUUGUGUAAGACAGUAGCAUUCUGACCACACUUGUACGCUGUAACCUCAUCGACUUCUGAUGUUUUAAAGAAAAAUGAUGAUGACUUUUAAAAUGAGAGUUGAAAAAGAAACCACUAAUUUUUAUUUUGUUUUCUUGAAAGAAAGUGGCCACACCGUUUUGCGAUUUUAUUUGUGCAGGUAUGCGCACUGUUCUGAGAAAGGGCAGUAACGAGUAUUGGGGCCUACUUAAACCCCCCUCUUUUCUUCACAAGGCAGUGUCUAAAGCUAUGUGAAAUUUUCUCUGCAUCUCUGUACAGAGAAUGAACCUGCCCCUAGCCGCCUUCCUCCCCCUCCCUUCCCCACCCAGUGGUACUUCUACUAAAUUGUUGUCUUGUUUUUUAUUUUUAAGAUAAACUGACAAAUGACAAAGUGGUGAGCUUAUGAUGUUUACAUAAAAGUUCUAUAAGCUGUGUAUACAGUUUUUUUAUGUAAAAUAUUAAAAAAUUAUGAUGAUGACAUUUAUAAAA